UGGCGAAAAAUCACCAAAGAAAGCAACACCUACGAAGGCUCAACAAAAGUUGUUCGACCCUGCAGUACUUGUAAAGGCGCAACAGUUAACUCAGCUUAAGGUAAAACGUUGUAAUGUACGUUUGCUGCGUCAAGAUUUAGCAAAGCUUCAACAGGAAUUUCGUGCAAAAAGGAAAGCUUUAAAGAAAAAUAAGAUAUCUAAUAAACAAACUAAAAAUAUUGGUAAAAACCGCAAGAGCAAUAGUUCAUCGCCAUCUGAAAAAGGCUCUCCUCCCAAAAGGGGCCGGCCACCUUCUGAUCCGAAGCCACAGUCUGGUUUCUUCAUAAAAUUAAAUGCACUUACUAAAUCUCCAAAAUCAAAGGCAAGAGCAGAUAAACCAUUAAAAGAGAAGAAGUUUAGUACUGGAUCCAUUGCGAAAAGAGUUAACGCCGCUGCCGCGGUUUCUAGCACCAAGCCAACAAAGUUUACAAGAACACAACUAAUAAAAAUGUAUGGCAAGCGCGUAUUUUGUUCACGUGUUAAAAUUGAACGUUGUUCACAUCCCAUGAUGUUAAUUUUUGAAUCGAACGCCCGUGCCCGACGACUACAAGCUAAGCGUUCCAAAUCUAAAAAUCUGUCUGUGUCCUUUCGUGACCAGGUUGAAAUAUUUGGAGACAGUAGCGAUUCAGAAGAAGCGGAUUAUAGUCAAAUAUUCGCACCCGAUGUUGCUUCAACUUCACAAGCAGCACUAAAAUCAGCAAAUCCGGCAAUUAUGUCACUUACAGCGACGCCGGCUCGUCUGAAAAAAGUUGAAAACGGUAAAGUAGUCGAUGAUAUUGAACUCGACCCCUCUCUCUUUGUUGCCCCGGCAAUUGCUAGUACACCUUAUGCAUCGGCCGGACGAAAGAAGCGUGAGAAAAAAUCUUUCAGUCCUCUAAAAGGUGACGGAUCGCCUAGUCCUCGCAAGGAACAGCUAAAAUUGGCAAAUGAGAAAAUGCCACCAAGUAGUUUACGGCGGUUAACUGCAGAUGAAGUGGAUGAGGAUGACGAUGAAGAUGACGAAUGUGAAUACAUAGUGCCCAUCGAAAUACCUGAAAGACGCAUAUCACGAACAAGUUCAGCAACCGCAGUCGAUGAUGUCGUUGCGGAAAUUGAGCCGCAAGAACCGGUUCCCAAUGAAUCUGAAUCUGCUUUGGUUGAUAAAGGAAUUGCAGAUGGCAAAUCAGGCUCUGGCCACGAUUCCUCUGGGGAAAGUUUUGCUUCUGCAGUAGAACAACCGGCUUCUGUUGAUAAAUCAGGCAGUACUGAGCCAAAUAUUGAGAAGGGUGUUAAUGAGGUAGCUGAAAAUAUUACAAAUGGUGCAACAGCCCUAAAUACUGAGUCUGUUGAAACAACUAAAGAUGUCAUGCCCGAUGCGAAAGAGGACCUCGUUGACUCUGUCGCAGCAGAGUUACCUAAACUCACCCGCAUUGAUUCAGUAUCACCUUCGCAAUCAUUAAACUCAUUAAAUGAUAUUGUAGACUCUCUUAUAAACAACGUAAAUGAUGACCGCGGAACUGAAAGUACCGACUUGGCAAAUACUAUGGAUGCAGAGGCAACAACAAAUAACGGCCUUGAAUGUGACACAAAUGAGCAAAACGUGCCUGAAGAACUCUCUAUAGGCGAUACUAAAUUGCGUGAUACUCUGGAUGACAAUAUAUCACUGCAAUUGUUUGCUGAUGACUCCACGAUCAAAGAUAGCGAAAUUGUAGAUGGAAUUGUAAAGGAGCGUAUCGAUGAGAUAUCUAAAGAUAAAAGUCUAGACUCUCCAGUUGAGGUAUCUUCGAAUAUUUUGAACUCGAAGAUGGGAGUCGAGUGAUGAUUUAGUAUGUGUGAGACCUCUACAUCAUUCUCUACGCAUAAAGUUUAGCGGUGUACAAUUAAGAUCGCAAAUUUGUGAAGACUUAUUAUUAAGGAUAUAUUAUUGGUUAUUUUUUAAUUGAACCAACAUUUUGUUAUAUCCCUAAGAUUUUUUUGCGGGCAUUUGCAGUCGUUUAUAUUGAACUAUACUGACUAUUAAGUGCUUUAUUCCUUUCAUAAAUUGGUAUACCGAUAUUUUACGAGUAUCUCAAACAAUUUGGUUCUUUGUUCACCUUUUUGUGUGUAUAUACCAUAAAAACAAACAAGGAAAAAUAUGAAAAAAAGCAUCUAGUUGAGAGUUACUUAAAGUAAUUUAAUACAAAAUAUGUAUCUACAAUAAUAUUAUAUUCAAGCACAAUUUGUAAUUUCAGUUCUCUACAUAAAUGUAUGAAACCAUUAUACAUUGAACACUGACGAUAAAUUGCAUUGGCUCUCCAACACAUACUUUGCUAUGAACAAACAAUUAUAAUUAACAUUUCCACUCAUUCAAAUUUUAGGACAAUUAACUUGUAAGUUGGUUUUAUAAGAAUUUCAUAAUUAAAAGUGUGUCCGUACCGUAAAUUGAUAAAUAAACAAUACUGAGAGAUGAA